AUGGUGACAUCCCGCUCUCUUAUCCUAAGAGCCCCAGACGGUUUGUCGACUGGAUAUAGUAGCUCCAGCAACACCCAACUUCCACCGGGAUAUAUUUGCUUUCACUCGUCCUCUGUUCCGGACCUAACAAGCGAUGUCACAUAUACUGCUACAUUCACUCAGUCUGUGUCGGUCACGAAGGGUAACCAAACUGCUCACUACUCCGACCUGAAGUCCAAGAAGACGUUCAACUCCCCAGUCUCGCCCUACGCUCUUGAUCCCUCAAGUAUUCACUCGGUAUAUCCGCCUCCGGGUCAUAGUAUCUAUUGGAAUGCACUUCCUCAUAUCCUAUUCGAUGACAAGAAUGCACCGUGGCUACUCAAGGUUCGGACCUCUGAGACAGCUAGUGAUCAGACACCAUGGCUGGCGCUUCUUGUGUUCACAGCAGAUGAGCUGUCUAUCACCGAGGCUCAGAAAACGGCCUUCAAUCAGAAAUUGGCUCCAAACGGUGGAAAUGCGCUUAACCAGACAUCAACAUUAUCAUACAAGCUCAAAGCGCAGGACAUACAGAAAUUGAACGGAGUUGCAACGCAGCCUACCUCACUCACAGACCAAGCCCUCAAAACGGAUGUCACACCUGUCGAAAUCAUUGUGCUACAAGGAGCAUUGUUCGCUAGUCUCUUUGCCGGCAAGGAUGCUAAGAGUACUGAUGCUCCGGAUCCCGUCCGCUUCAAGUUGAUGAGUCACAUCCGCACUUUCAAUACGACAGGUAUGGCAAACACAGACGACCCAGGCGUCUAUGACCUCGCAGCCAUCAAUUCGCCCAGAAUUGGACCAUAUGACCUUACAUCACCGAAAACCGCGUUCGCUCAUGUCGUCUCACUUCAGGGCUUGUUCGACAACAGUAAUGUCACAAGAGAUGGCACGAAGCCCGCUGUCCUCACGAGUCUCUACAGUUGGAGCUUUACGUAUCUCCCGUCCGAAUCCUUUUCGGCCCAGAAGCUCUUACAAGCCCUCGGUGACACGGUGCAACCAUUAAGACCGCUAGAUGCUUCCUUUCAAAAGGUACAAGCACAAGAUAGUCUCGCGAAAUACACGUCGACAUCUCAGGACAAUUGGACCAAGGAUAAAAUGCUAAGCGGAUAUAGUCUACUAAGGUAUAGGACGCCCACCGGAGAGCCGACGAUUGCCCUUCAACGCGGCUUUCUGACACCUACAAAGUACGAUGAUUUCGACUUUCCGCCGUCAGAUUACGGCACAGACUUAGCGAUAGUAGACGAGCAAUCGGGAUUUAUGGACUUGACUUUCCAGAUCGCCUGGGAGCUCGGCAAGACGAUGGCUGUCGCGGAUAGAGCUUUCUCAUCUGCGCUGAUGCGACUGAGGAAAGGGGUUCACGACAAGUUUCUCGACGACGCGAAGGUGGCUAAAGCAACAGCUCAAGGCGUCUUCAUUGCUAAAGCCUCAGCGCCUGCUGCCUUUGCCACCGCGAAUAGUACUGUAGUCACUCGACUCAACACGCAGUCUGCCUUCAAGUCUCAACGGUGGUCGACCCAACCAUUAGGCUACAAUCAGCGUGAGCUUUAUGCUUUUACCGAUUCUAUUGUCAAGACGACGUACAGGCAACAGCUUCAAUCGCAAGGAAUCUCAGUCUUGGCCGAGGCCGUGCCUGCCUCACAGCAGUCACAGAAGCCUGCACCGAAUUCCCAAGUUCCCGCUGACACCGAAACGAAGUUUAACGAGUACAAUGUUCCUCAGUCGACCGACUAUGCUACGGUCUUGCAAUGGCUAAUGGAUCGCUGGUAUUUAUUUGGACUUCCAUUCGCGAAUCUUGUCUCUGACCCAGGCUUCAUACCGAAUGAGACUGUCCGUUCUUUUUAUGUCGAUCAAAAUUGGUUCAAAACCUUCACUGACGGCGCUCUCUCCAUUUGUGAACAUUUUGAUGAAGGUGAUGAUGUCCGAGAAGCGCUCAAGUUGAGCCUACACAAGUACGUGUCCGAGCCUCUACUGUCUGGCGCAGGCAAAGGCUUUGUACCACAAGUCCCGAAAUGGGGCAUACUACUGCGAUCAGAGUUUGUCACCAAGUUUCCGGAUAUGCGUCUAUCUGCACCAUUUGUCGACUCCAAGAAACAAGGUGUACAAUUGGAGGUGAUACGUCAUGAAAGAAUUGAUACCGACCUCUUGUUGAUGCUCUUCGAUCGCGAGCCAGGUGACUUCUCCGACCUUGGCAUUACGAUUAGCCCUCCAGAGCACCAGCUCACGUCCAUCGUUGGAGACGACGAUGGAUUGAAUGGUGGUAAAACACUAACGAUUGUACUGAAACCGGUCUUCUCAGACCUUGCGACCAGUGGCAUCAGCAGCAAAUACAAUAACACUCGACCUACUAUACUCAUCGAUCCAGCUACUGUGAGCGAUUACUUUGACAGCAACUCCCGGGCAUUGUAUCCGCAGUCUCUGGCAAACGUUGCGUCUUCUGCUUCCCAGCUCGGUUCGACAAAGUAUGCGAGGGCAGCUUUCGUUGCUGCACAGCUAGUUGCAUCCGUUCCUGCUUUGAAUAUGCUGAAACCUGGUGCUCAAAGGACCAUAGCCGCCCCAGCUAGCCUUAUCACUUCAAAGCAACGGGUACUUCCAGCCCUGAAGCCCGCGCCUGCUCGACGUCCACUGCGGUCUGUCGAAGGAGCCUCUCAAUUACCUACCUAUGCUACGCCCGUCAACCAAAUGAUCAGAGCUCUAGCAAAGACAGACCUUCAGGUAACCGAGGACAAUAUUGUGAUUGGAACCUUCUUCGUUCUAUAUCAGAUACCGAAUAUCUUUAAUCCUGGGCCAAAACUGCAAGCGCCAGAGGUCAGACAAGCUCGUCGAAAAAACACUCCGUAUAUUCAAAGCCAGCAAUGCCAGCUUAGCACAGAUGUAUACAAUUUACGUUUUGCACAAUCGACCAAUCCGGACUCUGGGCCAUACCAAAUUGGACUGGUGUCACUCUAUCCUUUAUCAUUAGGCUUCAAGACAGACCUUCAAAUUGACACCAAAUCUCUCGCAACAUCACGCUACGAUCUGUCAAGGCUCUCCUUUUGGAUAUCGGUCGGACCUUGCACCCCUGGUAACACGCCAACAACCCUACUUGCGCCGUUCCCAGACAACAAGCCGCCUUCCACCUUGACACCGAAUGCUUUAGGUGAGUGGCCAGCUCAGCCUGCAUCCAGCGGGUCGAAGGCGUACGGCGUCAUACUUCCCAAAGUCCGUACUGUGGGCCUAGGAUGUCGCUGGAGAGCGCAAACGUCAUAUACAGCGGCUAAAGGUAACACGCCAGCCACUUUCACUAUUGAUCUAUGGCCAAACAACAAAAGCGGUCUUGACUACCCCAUUGUUCCCGCGUGGGAUCUACUCAGGCACAAAGACGCCAGCAUCGUGGUCGAGGGAGUACAAGUCAACUGCUUUGAAGGCUUACAACCCAAUUAUCUUGGAGCAGGUAGUAGUGCGGUGAACUUCCAGAUGCCAAUCUACGAAGAGUACACGAAUCAUGAUGGCUCAAGCUAUUCGGUUGGGACGUACACCAAUGUGAUUACGUACGGUGUCGACUGUAGUAACUGGGGAAGUUACGCAAUACGAGAUGUCAACAAUGUGACCAAGACAUGCAAGCCACUUUUCUACGCCACCAGCUCGGUUGAACUUGGCAAUCAACUAGAUCUGGCCAGGCAGGACCAGACCACUGUAUGGGUGCCCAUGAAGCUUGAUGCCUAUCUCAACUCUGGGCCACAAUAUGAGUCGCAAAGUGAUCCACGGGAGCGAGCCUAUCUCGCGCCAUUCAACGAUCCGAACUUCCAGGGAUUGCAGCUUGACAGCAGGAAUCUUCAGAAUGACAUCUUUGAGCAUCACAAGAGUGCACCCUAUAUGGGUGCCGUGGAUCGCACUCGUAAGCAACAGCGACGCCAAGGCGUUGGCAGAUACCUCCAUUGGAGUCUUCCUAAGAUGUACCGUGUUGGACUCGCGGCGUCGGACAGUACGGACAGUAAGAAAAGCAUGACAGAUCAAGCAAGGCUUGCUGGGUAUCCCGAAAACAACAUUCAGCCAGGACAACCGCUGUUUCGUCCUAUCCCCAAUCGUUGGUUUGUCUGGCGAACUGUUCGAGGAGCUCGAGGUACCAAGUACAACAACCAGAUCUGGAUCAAAAAUAAGUCAGACGGGACUGAAAGGCAGUAUACCUUUUAUGACUCCAAUGCAUCCGAGUUCGCCGCUGUGAGAGAUUGUUUCAUGGUGGAAAGCGUGAGUUCAUCCUAUCCAACCCCUUUCGCAAAAAGUCUGCAACGUCAGGCAGAAACCAUUUGGAGUCAAACGGAUUUCAAUCUGACCCAAACCCAGGAUCGUAUCCGUAGCAUCACCGACCAGACCGCUAUCCCACCGACUGAAGACAUUGAAGUCAGUGCUACACCAUUCGUCAACACUUCAGCGCCAUUGAGCGAGCAAGGUCAGCUGUUCAUGGGCAAAGCCUCUUGGAUCAAUGGGCCUCCUGGCUGGGAUGGUAACGACAACCAACCCCCAAGUAAUCCAACGCCAAUCACUGUGCAACGAGUCGGGAAUCCCUACUUUCCAGAUUUUCAGCCUCAAAACAGUUCUGUUUUAUCCUUCUUCGAUGAUCUUAGCGUCCGAGGACAAGAUGCUGUUUUCUGCCAAGGGUCGAUUUCUUACACCGUGGUUGGCUAUCAUACCCGUACUCUAGAUGACCCUUUGUUCCUUGACAUGAAUUAUGACAAAGGCCAAACUCCUCAGCAAAGACUAGAUGCUUGUUCUUUGAAAAUUGAUAACCAGCUCAACAGCGAUGAUACUACGUGGAAAGAUGCAGCCUUGAACCCAGCAACUCAGGCUAGUAUGCGGACACUCUGUUACGGAAACAUGUUCAAUCUUACCUGGAGUAAUCCUAAGAGUGAGGAAGCAGUUCGAGCUGACUUCGUCACCCCUGCGGAUGUGCUCCAGAAGUCCUUAGUAACAUCACAUCCUGUUUCUGUGGGAACAAAUCCGAUCGAUGCUUUGUUUGGCUGGUUGAGGUCGACUGAGGAUACAGGAGUUAAGUCGACCGACGACAUCAAACGAUCGCUUCUCAAGAUCCAGACGCUGGUUUUAGACUACAACGAUAACAUUGACUCGCAAUUUUCAGCCGAAGACCUCCUCGCGACGAACAAUUUUGUACCUUCCGCGGGAGGAGCAGCUUGGCACUUUAAAGCACCGGAUGACUCGAAAGUUACUACGCAACCGGUGAUACCAACGCCACAGCAAGCUUUGGAUCUCCGCACGCUCAACAUGAUCCAAUCUCGACUCAACGCAAUUAUACGUGAACAACAACGCCUGAAAUGCGAACUCUUUUGCGCUUGGUGGACGUAUGUUGCAGACAAAGAUAAUACCCAAGUGUCAGCAUUUAACACGGCAAUCAAUCAGGUGCCAGACUUACAGAAGCGUAUCAAGGCUAAUGCCGAUUACAAGAACGGCAAUGUUGGUGCCAUUGCUACCUUGAACGCUGCGAUUGCGACUCAGAAGGCGAAGCUGGGACUGCUGCAAGUUGGCCAGCACCCAUCCUUCUACAUUCAGCGGGAUCCGACACUCUUCCUCGCUGGACUUUCUUCGAAAUGGCCUAGCGAUUGGGACCAGAACCUCCAAGUAAGGAUCAAUCCGCAGAAUUUCAUGGGAGGGGAACCCAUGGGAUUCCCCAAGUUUCCACGAUUUCAACCAUCUGAUAUGCCGACGGGAAAGCUACCUACUGCAUUGAAUGACACGAUAUCCAAGAUCAUCAGCGAAGGGGAAUUUGGCUCGAUCGGACAAGUUCCGUUCCGGAGUACGCCUAAGUACUUUGGUGGACAAGACACACAGAGUUUGCGGAAUGGCUGGUUCCCGCUUUUCAUCGAGUGGGAAGCGGAAUACUAUCACAUACCUUUCGAUCAGUGGCAGUUCACCGCCAGAGGGAAGGACGCUCGCUAUGGUUACGGCCUUACCCCAGACUCAAAUCCGGCAGAUCCCAAUACACAGGGCGACUUUCGUCUCCUAAAGGGGCGCUGUCCCAUCUUGCCUCAGGCGGGUUCAAUUCUAGCCGCCACUCUCAAGCAGAUAUUCUCAAAAGACCCAGACAAUCCGAUGUCAACCUCAGAUCGGGACAACUUGAUCAAACAAGCAAGUUCACUCGACUUUCUCUCCAGCCCGAUGACAGGUCUUACCGAGCAAUUAGUCACUUGUGUUCAAGGCUUACAUACGCUACCAGUGAAGAACACCACAUCAGGCCCUCAAAUGCUGCCUGGUGCUCCAGGCGCCAACAUUGGCUUCAGCGCUCCUGAAGACUUUACAGUAAUGGCGGGCGCAACUUCGAAGACGCCCUUCGCUUCCCUAGUUGAUAUCCCCGCAGAUCCGAAUAAGUACAGCCCGUUUAAGCCGUGCAUUCAUGGACAGCUGCGCUUUACAAAGCUCAAUAUUAUCGACAAAUUCAAUCAGAUUGUGCAAGGGAUUCAGACAUACUCCGAUUUAGGGAAGGGCAUUGGUCCAACUCCAACUCCGUUAUUUCCAUGUUUAGGGGAUUCAUACUCGGUGGACUAUUCGAACGAUGGCAGUUCACCGAAGAUUGUACUCCCGCGUCAAAACGGCGAUACAAAAUGUCCGUUCAUACAGCUGCCGCCGAGCAUCAACCAAAACGCACGUGUCAAUGCGCACUUCCUAACAGAAGAUGCCGCUCCUACCUGGAGGUCUCUUGAUGAGUGGGAGAACCCAGUGAGAGGAUGGCUCGUUAUCAACCAAGCCAAUAGAAGCUUGCAAGUGUUUACUUUCGACGGACGCUUUGUGCGUGAAUAUGCUGUCGAAAGCAAGUAUCCGCUCAAAAGACCAUUUGCGGAAGACCAGACACUGCUGAAUAGCCUUGAUCCCGUGCUGAAGAGCUUCAUGACGCAGUUCGUUCGACCAGGCUACUUGCAAGGCGUUUUCAGGACGCUUACAGAGGUGACGGAAGCGAUCCAAGCAACACCUUCAUCGUAUGCGGACUCAAUGCUCAGCGUUCUCGGCCGGCCUCUUGCUCUAACAACAUUUGGCAUCAACCUCGAGCUGGCUGAGUCUCCUCUGAAGAACAAGAGCACUGUUGCAAACAAAGUCAGUCCUAAAGACUUGACAAGCUACAACUUCGGCCUCAAGAUCGGCGACAAAGACAAUGUGUACGACGGCCUAUAUGGUUAUUUCACCACAGCUCCAGACCUCAAGAACGGCGUCGACGUCAACUGGAACGACUUCUACACCUACCACCCCCGGCCGCCGACGACCCUACCAUCGCCGGCGACCCAUCUCGCUCCAUGCCUCAAGACGUGA